GAAGAGGGGAGGAGGACGGGGUGGCGGAGACCCCACGCCGCCCUCCCCGGCCAGCUCGGCGCGCCCCGCCCCUGCGCACUCUCGGCGGCGGGCGCGCUGCUCGCGGCCGGGGAAAGUGAGGGCGGCCCUUGGGUGACAGCGCCGCGGGGCCAGUCCCGGGGACGCCGCGCGCCCGCUCGUCUCGCCCGCCGCCGCGAUGGCCUCCACCGCCACCUGCACCCGCUUCACGGACGAGUACCAGCUGUUCGAGGAGCUCGGAAAGGGGGCAUUCUCAGUGGUCAGAAGAUGUAUGAAAAUCCCUACUGGACAAGAAUACGCUGCCAAAAUUAUCAACACCAAAAAGCUUUCUGCUAGGGAUCAUCAGAAAUUGGAAAGGGAAGCUAGAAUCUGCCGUCUUUUGAAGCACCCCAAUAUUGUGCGACUUCACGACAGCAUAUCAGAAGAGGGUUUCCAUUACUUGGUGUUUGACUUGGUCACUGGGGGUGAGCUGUUUGAAGACAUCGUGGCGAGGGAAUACUAUAGCGAGGCCGAUGCCAGUCAUUGUAUACAGCAGAUUCUAGAGAGUGUAAAUCACUGUCACCUAAAUGGCAUAGUUCACAGGGAUCUGAAGCCUGAGAAUUUGCUUCUAGCUAGCAAAUCCAAGGGGGCAGCCGUGAAGCUGGCUGACUUUGGCCUCGCCAUUGAAGUGCAAGGAGACCAGCAGGCAUGGUUUGGUUUCGCCGGCACCCCUGGAUAUCUCUCUCCCGAAGUCUUACGCAAAGACCCAUACGGGAAGCCAGUGGACAUGUGGGCAUGCGGGGUCAUUCUUUACAUUCUCCUGGUGGGCUACCCACCCUUCUGGGAUGAAGACCAGCACAGACUCUAUCAGCAGAUCAAGGCUGGAGCUUAUGAUUUUCCAUCCCCGGAGUGGGACACGGUGACUCCUGAAGCCAAAGACCUCAUCAAUAAGAUGCUGACCAUCAACCCUGCCAAGCGCAUCACAGCCUCGGAGGCGCUUAAGCACCCUUGGAUCUGCCAACGUUCCACUGUGGCUUCCAUGAUGCACAGGCAGGAAACUGUGGACUGCUUGAAGAAAUUCAAUGCACGGAGAAAACUGAAAGGCGCCAUCUUGACCACCAUGCUGGCUACACGGAAUUUCUCAGCAGCCAAGAGUCUGCUGAAGAAACCAGAUGGAGUAAAGAAAAGGAAAUCCAGUUCGAGUGUUCAGAUGAUGAUAAACAACAAAACCAACGUGGUAACCAGCCCCAAAGAAAAUGUCCCUACCCCGGCGCUGGAGCCCCAAACUACUGUAAUCCACAACCCUGAUGGAAACAAGGAGUCAACUGAGAGUUCAAAUACAACAAUUGAAGACGAAGAUGUGAAAGCACGAAAGCAGGAGAUCAUCAAAGUCACCGAGCAGCUAAUCGAGGCCAUCAACAAUGGAGACUUCGAGGCAUACACAAAAAUCUGUGAUCCAGGCCUCACUGCGUUUGAACCAGAAGCUUUGGGAAAUUUAGUGGAAGGGAUGGACUUUCAUCGAUUCUACUUUGAAAAUGCUCUGUCCAAAAGCAAUAAGCCCAUCCACACCAUCAUCCUGAACCCCCACGUGCACCUGGUGGGCGAGGACGCUGCCUGCAUUGCCUAUAUCCGGCUCACGCAGUACAUGGACGGCGGCGGCAUGCCCAAGACCAUGCAGUCGGAGGAGACGCGCGUGUGGCACCGCCGGGACGGCAAGUGGCAGAACGUGCACUUCCACCGUUCGGGGUCACCCACCGUCCCCAUCAAGCCGUCCUGUAUUCCAAAUGGGAAAGAAAACUUCUCAGGAAGCACCUCUUUGUGGCAAAACAUCUAAGGCCUGAAAACCCUUCACUGUGGGUCUUCUAAAUAUCAACAGUGCCACCUCCACAUUCUCUGUCUCCAGGCACGUGGACGGGACCCUGGGCGCCCCCCUCCUCCUCUUCAUGCAUGUUUCUGAGUGCGUGAAGCCGUGAAGGUCCGUGUUCUGCUUAGUGACGCCUCCUCUCGGCCUCGAGUCCCCCGCCCACGUUGUUUGCACUCGACCUUGGGAUGUUCCUUGCAAACUCCAGUCACCCUUGGCCAUCACAGGGGGAUGGCAGAUGUCAAAGAAAAAAAAAAACAGUUCCACAAUAUUCCAACUCUGUAAUUCUUUAUCCAGUUCCUCUGUUUAUGCCAAGAUUUAACAGACUUUAAAAAUUGUCCUCUGAAUGACAGUUUGUAAGAGAAAUGUAAAAUUUUUUUUAAAAAGACAAAACUCUGCUCUUCAUUUGUUUGGGCUUGUUUCACACACACACACACACACACACACACAC